UCCCAUAUUUCCCGGGGAAUCGACGAUAUUCAUCGUGAGACGAGGAGGACGAGGAGGAUCGUGAGGCUGCUUCUCUACAUCUCGGACUCGGUCAAUUGACGAGUCUCGUGCCGGCUGCAGAAGAUCGGCGGCGGCCAAAGCGCCGAAGACGGACGCAAGGCGCAAGCAGCACAGAAAAACAUGGCGCCGUCAAAAGGAGUCGCCUCUGCUGGGCCGCAUGAGCGACACGACCCCGUUUUUUUUUUUUUGCGUCGCUCACACGUCGCCGCCCCGGCGCUCACCACGGCCCCAAGAGGCCGCUGCCACUCGCGAGCACCGCGCCGGAGCAGAGAGCGGCCGUCGUGAGGCCACCCCGGCAGGCCCCGGCAGGCUGCGCCCACGAGCUCACCACGGGCCGAAGAAGCCGUUGCCGUUCGCGACCACGGAGCCGAAGAAGAGGAUGGUCAUCAGGACGACGUACGUGCCGCGGUUCGCGGCGUCCAGGCCGAGGCCGCCCACGGGCGGCGGGGGCGUGGUCGUCACCGGCGGGCCGCCGAAGAAGUGCAUCUCCACGGCGGGCGCACGCUGGCUGGUCCGGAGGCCCGCCGAGGCCGGGGAGGCGGCGCCGACGAAGGUCACCACGAGGGAGCCCAGCGACAGGGCGGCGACCACCUGGCCAUCGCUCGGACGUCCAUUUCCUGUGUUUUUUUCGGUUUCGUGCGUGGUGCUUCGCCAAAUGAUCGAAGAUGCUCCUCGAUGGUUCUCGCCGAAGGAAAAAUGCACACGUCCGAGCGAUGCCAAGCCACCGCGACGGCGCAGGCAACCAGCAGGGACGCGGAGCGCGCCAUGGCGUUUACACCUGGACUGGCCGGGGGGAGGCGACCUGCAAGGCACCAGCCUCGAGUGAUCCUGGACCGGCGCGGCUUGAGCCGAGGUGGCU